CAUGACGAAUUCAUCACCAGACUGCCCUCCAGUCCACCAUCACAACAACAACAACUCUGCAUCAAUCCACGCAUUUCUACAAUGCCGUCCAUCUCCAGUGCUGAUUCGGAAUGCACGGAACUGAGCUUGACGUUCGACAUCGAGACUGCCGUCCGCAACGUGAAGGAGGAGCGAGAUACGUGGCGAGUAGUCGCCCUCCAGUACAAGGCGGCUUUCGAGGCCCAAACAGCUCGCCUUCGAGAACUCCAGGAUAUCUGCAUUGCCACGCAGGCGGAGCUGGAGAACGAGAGGACGGCACGCAAGCGCCUGCAUACCAAAUCGGAGUCCUACCAGUACGAGGAGCCGGGCCGUGUAGACGGUGCUCAUGACCCUGACGACUGCCCAUACCCCGGCAGCGCGACAAUCCUAGAGCCGACCCAGAUCAAGAGCACGUGGCAGCCAGCAAUUCCGCCAUGCUCGAAUAUGUGCUUCCGCCGAGUGGAGCAGUUCGCCAACGAGUGCGACUAUGGCACCGCCCUCAGGGAGGUCGACCAUCUAUUGCGAGGACCGCUUACCACUGGAGCCCGGGCCGAAGGUCUCCUUCUCAAGAGCAGCAUCAUGCGGAAAGCCGGGCCUGAAUGGCUUUACGACUCUCUAGCGGCCUGCAGUGAAGCCCUUGAGCUUUGCGAUCGGCUGGCUGAACUGCAUAGCUAUCUGCCACAAAUUCAAUACCAGCGAGGUGUCUGCUACUAUCAGCUGAGGAUGCUUCAACACGCCCGAGAUGCUUUCGCCAACGUCCGCGGAGACGAACGGCUCCACGCAAAAGCCACAGAGUUCCGUCGAUCGUGUGAAGAGGAGCUAGAAGUGCUUCAGGGACGCCGACUGGCUUUCGAGGAACGUCGCACUGUCACGGAAGGGCUUCUGGCCCAGUUUUGUGAGGGUCGAGCUGAGUCAAAGCGACGUCGCACCAGCUCACAGAUCAGACUCCAUGCGUCCAAAGCGAAGCGUUUGUCGCUGCCGCAUCGAUGGGUGGCAAAGGCUAAAUAAGGCAGCCUGGGGCCUGGCUCAAGAAGCCGUCCGAGCUCGCAAAGAAUAGAUGGAUGCAUACAGAAGGUUAGGAGGAUGCCAUUCGAUAUCUUGGCUGUGAGCCGAUUUUGCAUGAGUGGUCAGGAGGGUUCUGGCCCUUGUUUCGCAACACAAUCUUCAUUGUUCUCAUCUCU